UUGACGAAACAAAACACACCUCCACUCGCCACUCUCCGGCUCCCUCUCUCUCUCUCAUUCAUUUGUUAUGUCUUUGUGCCUGCUUAUUAAAUCCCACACUUUUCCCCACCCUUUCUAAGCUUUCUAGCAUCCAAGAAAAAAAAUCUUUCUUUGUUCUCCCCUAUCACCAAUCUUAGUCCUUCCGUCAUCAUCAUUAUCACCAACUAACCCCAACAACAACAACAACAACAACAACAACAACAACAACAGCUGCCUCUGCUUAUCAUUUCAUUUGAUUAUAGAAACAAGUUGUGUUCUUUUGUUUUUUAGUUGGGCUGUUGGGUUCUUUCUUUUUUUGUUUUGGUUUCUGGGGGGUUUUUGUUAUGUGAAAGGAAGAUGGAUAUCUUUGUUGGUUGAUUGGGAGAGGAUGAGAGUGAGAGAGAAUUAUGCGUACCCUUUGUGACUCUUGUGAAAGUGCUGCUGCUAUUGUCUUCUGUGCUGCCGAUGAGGCUGCUCUUUGCCGCGCCUGUGAUGAAAAGGUCCACAUGUGCAAUAAGCUUGCUAGCCGGCAUGUCCGGGUCGGGCUGGCGAAUCCCAGUGAUGUUCCUCUCUGUGACAUAUGUGAAAAUGCACCUGCUUUCUUUUACUGCGAGAUAGAUGGAAGUUCCCUUUGUUUGCAAUGUGAUAUGAUUGUACAUGUUGGAGGUAAAAGAACUCAUGCAAGAUAUCUUAUAUUUAGACAGAGAGUAGAGUUUCCAGGGGAUAAACCUGGUAAUGUUGAGGACCCAGCUUCACAACCAGUGGAUCCUGGCGAGACCAGAAGAGGCCAAAAUCAGCCAGCUAAACCAACAGUGGGAGAGAGCCAACAAAAUCACAAGGUCUCUUCUGUUCAAGUGGUAGAUGCUAAUGCUGAUGGUCAUGUCAAAAUGGAUACUAAAAUGAUAGAUUUGAAUAUGAAGCCUCAUCGAAUACAUGGACAAGCCUCAAACAAUCAGGAACAAUAAUUUGCUGUUCUAAAACAGCAGCGAUGAUGGGUAUGAGUAGGAGACCUGGUUCCCCGUUGGUUAAAUUUCAUAUGGAAGCCAGAAGCCUGGAGGCCCUCAGUUUUACUUUACAUCAACUGCUCCAUGGUCGGUCAGCCUAUCCUCUCCAUGGCGUCCCCUUAAACUGGCCUAGUUUGUUUAGGAUAGAUUCUCAGAACAGCUUUCAUAGUUCAUACUGCAAAGCAAAAGAAUGUAAUCCACUGCAAAGGGAUUGAUGCAACGAUCUCUUCAUUCUUUUGUUAAGUUUUGUUUGCGGAUGUUGUAAACACCGGCACUGGGGAGUCUGUGGUUGAUGCUUGAGAUUCAAUGCUUGAAGGGUUAUGCCUUGGUAAUCAUCUAACAUGAUCAUUUCCGAUGUUUUUGUCCCGAAAAGAUAAUUAGAAAGGGUAAUAAUCUAAAAUACAUCUUAACAUUUAAUUUAUUAAUU